AUGGCGGCCGUUUUGGAGUCGCUGCUGCGAGAGGAGGUGUCGGUGGCCGCCGCGGUGCGGUGGAUCGCGCGCAGCGCCCAGAGUUCCGAGGGCAGCCCGGCCGAGGCCGCCGUGCUCCGCGCCCUGCAGCCCGUGCGGAAGGAGUUCGUGCCGUUCCUGCUGAACUUCCUCAGGGAGCAGAGCAGCCGCGUCCUCCCGCAGGGCCCCCCGACGCCCGCCAAGACCCCGGGCGCCUCGGCUGCCCUGCCGGCCAGGCCCGGAGGCCCAUCGCGGGGCAGCCGCGGGGCGCGCAGCCAGCUUUUCCCUGCGGCCGAGCCGCUGAGCACCGCCGCCGAGGCCCCGCUGGCCCGCCGCGGGGGCCGGAGGCGGGGACCCGGGCCGGCCCGCGAACGUGGAGGCCGCGGCCCCGGGGGUUCGGAGGAGGGGGCUGGCGGGGAGAACGGGGCCUGGGCCGGGGCCCGGAGGUCCAGGGCCUCGGGCAGUCCCAUCAGCCCCAGGCUCGAGCUCUCCUCGGAUCCGCCAAACCUCAGCAACUUGGAGGAGUUCCCUCCUGUAGGCACGGUUCCUCAGGGCCCCGCAGGCAGGACAAAACCUUCUCGAAGGAUCAACCCAACUCCUGUGAGCGAAGAACGGUCACUUUCCAAACCCAAGACCUGCUUCACCUCACCCCCAAUCAGCUGUGCCCCCACUUCCCAACCCUCAGCCCUGGACACUAGCCCUUGGGGCCUUGGCCUUCCCCUGGGGUGCAGGAGUCUGCAAGAGGAACGGGAGAUGCUCAGGAAGGAGCGCUCUAAGCAGCUGCAGCAGUCGCCUACCCCUGCCUGUUCCACCCCAGAAUCUCCCAUCCCCAGCCGGACAGAAAGUCUCACGGCAGAAUCUGCUGACCCUGCCAGAGUGUCUUCCCGCCAGCGCCUGGAACUGGUAGCCCUCGUCUACUCCUCAUGCAUUGCUGAGAACCUGGUCCCAAACCUGUUCUUGGAGCUCUUCUUCGUCCUUCAGCUUCUUACUGCCCGCAGGAUGGUGCCUGCCAAGGACAGUGACCUUGAAUCAAGUCAGGGUGCCUUAGAUUCGCUGGAAAUUCCACUGUUUCAGAGCAUCCACGAUUGUGUCUUCUUUGCAGUGCAGGUUUUGGAGCAUCAAUUUCAGGUUCUUUCUUACCUGGACAAAGGGACCUUAAAGCUGCUAGCUGAGAAUGAGCGGCUACUAUGCUUCUCACCAGCUCUUCAAGGCCGCCUUCGAGCUGCCUAUGAGGGCAGUGUUGCCAAGGUCUCAUUGAUGAUGCCACCUUCUGCUCAAGCUGUCUCCUUUCAGCCAGAAACUGACAAUCGUGCCAACUUCUUCAGUGACCGAGCCUUUCAUACUUUUAAAAAACAGAGGGAUGUGUUCUAUGAGGUACUUCGAGAGUGGGAAGAUCACCAUGAGGAACCUGGCUGGGAUUUUGAGAAGGGCUUGGGCAGCAAGAUCAGAGCCAUGAUGAGUCAACUCUCAGCAGCCUGCAGCCACAGCCACUUUGUUCGACUUUUCCAGAAACAGCUUCUCCAGAUGUGUCAGAGCCCUGGCAGUGCUGGCGGCACUGUCUUGGGUGAGGCUCCAGAUGUGUUGAAUAUGCUGGGAGCUGACAAGCUGGGACGGUUAAGGCAGCUACAGGAACGACUGCUGGCCCCUCAGAGUAGUGGGGGGCCCUGCCCACCCCCCACCUUUCCAGGAUGUCAAGGCUUCUUCAGGGAUUUCAUCCUGAGUGCCAGCAGCUUCCAGUUUAAUCAGCAUCUUAUGGAUAGUCUGAGCUUGAAGAUCCGGGAGCUUAACGGCCUUGCCCUGCCUCAGCAUAAGCCUGGUGAUGACGACGGGGAGUCAGAUGUGGACUGGCAGGGUGAACGGAAACAGUUUGCCAUGGUGCUUCUUAGCCUGAGACUUUUAGCUAAAUUUUUGGGCUUUGUGGCUUUCCUACCGUACCGCGGGUCUGAACCACCCCCAACUCGUGAGCUUCAGGAUUCCAUUCUGGCCCUUAGGAGCCAGGUUCCUCCUGUGCUGGAUGUGCGAGCUCUGCUGCAGCAGGGUUUGUGGACCCAUCGGGCAGUGCUCACGGUGCCCUGGCUGGUGGAGUUCCUCUCCUUUGCUGACCAUAUUGUCCCCUUGCUGGACUAUUACCGGAGCAUCUUUACUCUGCUGCUGCAGCUACAUCGGAGCUUGGUCUUAUCACAGGAGAAUGAAGGGGAGAUGUGCUUCCUGAACAAGCUGCUGCUGCUUGCUGUUCUGGGCUGGCUUUUCCAGAUUCCCACAGUACCUGAGGACUUAUUCUUUCUGGAAGAGGGUCAGGCCUUUGAGGUGGACACUGCAGCUUCAGAGCAUGGUUUGGACAGUGUGCCUGUUGUGGACCAACAGCUGCUUUAUACUUGCUGUCCCUACAUUGGAGAGCUCCGGAAAUUGCUCGCUUCAUGGGUUUCAGGCAGCAGUGGGCGAAGUGGGGGCUUUGUGAGGAAAAUCACCCCUACUACCACCAGCAGCCUGGGAACCCAGCCUCUCCAGACAAGCCAGGGGUUGCAGGCUCAGCUUGCCCAGGCCUUUUUUCACAACCAGCCACCCUCCCUGCGCAGGACUGUGGAGUUUGUGGCAGAAAGAAUUGGAUCAAACUGUGUCAAACACAUCAAGGCGACGCUGGUAGCAGAUUUGGUACACCAGGCAGAGUCACUUCUCCAGGAGCAGCUGGUGACACGGGGACAGGAAGGGGGAGAUCCAGCCCAGCUGUUGGAGAUCUUGUGUUCCCAACUGUGCCCUCAUGGGGCCCAGGCAUUGACCCAGGGGCAGGAAUUCUGCCAGAGGAAGAGCCCUGCAGCUGUGCGAGCACUGCUCCCGGAGGAGACCCCAGCCGCUGUUCUAAGCAGUGCAGAGAACAUUGCUGUGGAGCUCGCCACAGAGAAAGCCUGCUCUUGGUUGUCAGCUAACAUCACAGCACUGAUUAGAAGGGAGGUGAAAGCAGCUGUGAGCCGCAUACUGCGAACCCAGGGUCUUGAGCCGGCUGCCCGCGUGGAGCGGAGGGGCUGCUCCCGAGCCUGUGAGCACCAUGCUCCCCUCCCCUCCCACCUCAUCUCCGAGAUAAAAGAUGUGCUCUCCCUGGCUGCGGGACCCCGGGACCCUGAGGAAGGAGUUUCCCCAGAACAUCUGGAGCAACUCCUAAGCCAGCUGGGCCAGUCACUGCGGUGCCGCCAGUUCCUGUGCCCACCUGCUGAGCAGUUUUUGGCCAAAUGUUCUGUGGAGUUGGCGUCCCUCCUGGUUGCAGACCAGAUCCCCAUCCUAGGGCCUCCAGCACAGCACAGGCUGGAGCGAGGACAGGCUCGAAGGCUUCUGCACAUGCUGCUUUCCUUAUGGAAAGAUGACUUCCAGGGACCAGUUCCACUACAGCUACUACUGAGCCCAAGAAAUGUGGGGCUUCUGGCAGACACUCGGCCAAGGGAGUGGGACCUGCUGCUGUUCUUACUCCGGGAGCUGGUAGAGCAAGGUCUCAUGGGACGGUUGGAAAUAGAGGCAUGCUUGGGUAGCCUCCAUGAGGCCCAGUGGCCAGGGGACUUCUCAGAAGAGUUAGUAACACUGUUUCAGCUGUUUCUAGCUGAGCCCCACCUGCCAGAACCUCAGUUGAGAGCUUGUGAACUGGUACAACCAAGCCGGGGAACAGUACUGGCACAGAGCUAGGGGCAGAGAAGCUGCCCUGCUUGGGCAUUUCAGCAGAACCUGCCUGCCUGUGCCUAGGAGGAGGCUCAAGAGCCCACUGCAGCCCUUGCUGGAGGCAGUGCAGCCGGGCACUCGCACGAAGGAAGCAUCAGGCUGUGAAGCAUCCCACAGACCACAGGGACACCAACUGAGUCUCCAAGGAUGGAAAGUCACCUGAUUCAGGUUUACAGCAGAAAAGCCUAGAGACUCCAAUCCUGGAGAGAAGAGCUAGCAUUCUCACUUGGAUGCUAAAUGACGAGUGUGGGCUAGUGAGCGGAUGGGUUUCAAGCCUCAAUUUGCUGCUAUCCCAGCAUCUCUUGUGGUUCUGGGAAAUCAUGACAGAGGCUGAGAACUUCUAGUUAACUUACAAGAAAAGUUAAUAAAACUCGAUCUUGGGAGUCAACAUUUUCUCGCCAAUAGGAGCUGGACUUCCAUCUCCUUAAAUAUGCACAAACAGGUAAGAUGGACUCACCUGACUGAUCCUGGUAUUACCAUGGAUCUCUGCUUCCGUGAAGGGAGUAAAUCUUCAUACCCUGCCUCCAUUCAGGGAUCAAGCACAGAGUACAAAUUUAAGCUUGUUGUCUUUUUUUUUUUUUAAUAAAACUGAAGGGCUUAAUGGCUGUUCUCA